AUGGUAGAAACUGAAAAUUUAAUCGCAACAAAAAAAGAAUCUAAAAACGAAGAACCAUCUCGUCAUCAAUUCAAAACAUGGUAUGAAUACUUUUUCUCUGUUAACAAUCUCUGCAUUGGACUCACUAACUUUAUAAUAUUUCCUGCAAAAGUUCAUGAGUAUCGAGGAGGCGCUUUCCUAAUUGCCUAUUUCUGUAUGCUCAUUGUAAUUGGAUAUCCAGCUCAUUAUCUUGAAUCGAUUAUUGGACAGUAUCACAGAAGUUCCCUAAUGCUUUUCAUGAUACGAUGUGCACCCAUUCUACAAGGAUUCGACUGUUAUCAGUUUUUCGACGAAAAAUGUCCCGAUCUAAGAUCUGGUCACAUCGUGUUCAAGGGAGUAUGUGUCAAUGAAACAGAUCUCCCCACAGAAGGAAUCCAAUCAGCAGAAGAACAGUAUCUACAUUCGGUAGUUCAUAAAUCUGUGAAAUCUCACAUGUCAUUCUCCAAUUUUGACUCUGGAAUGGCAUGCUCCAUUUUUAUAAUUUGGCUCUCAAUUGCGUUCAUCCAAUUGAGAGCUGGAAACAAGACUACCCCUCUGAUUUAUGUUCCUACAGUGAUAAUAUUUCUGAUUUGUCCUUUCUUUUUCUUUCGAGCUCUUCAUCUAGAUGGACUUAUUCUCACUCAUUCCACAUGGCCUGUUCUUCUCCGACAAGUUGCCCAUAACGCAUGGCUCUGGGUGCUCUUUUACUAUAUUGCAAUUUUAGUCGUUGGUUGGAAAUUUUGUGCUUGUUGUAGUUCUGAAGACUAUCUCUGUUUCUCUUGCGGAUGCUAUUCAUUUUUCUACAAGAUCACAUUUUUAAAACUACUUUACAAUAGGAGUUUCUAUAGUCAUGGCUUCGGUGGUUCAACGUACAUCCCAAUGGUUGAAGAUGUCCAAAAAGUUGCUACGGGACUGUUCAUUACCGCUGAAGUUCUUACUGUACUUGAAUGCUACGGAUUAAAAAUCUUCUAUGGUGACAUUCAUUCCCUCAUGGGGAAUCCAUCGGAUUCCCAAUGGAGUCAUGCCUACACAUGGUCAUUUUGGAAAUGGAGAUGGCGAAUGGCACCCGCCUUUUCUAUUUUUCAUGUGUUGACCUCAUUUUUCCGACAGUAUCCGAGUCCAGAAAAUGAUCCGGACUACAACUAUUAUUAUGAUUUUAUUCUAUUCUUUCUGGUCUUCCUCGUCAUCAUCAUCCCACUCAUCUUUGGUUAUCGCUCCUACUCGAAAAUAGUUCGGUAUCUAGCGAAAUACGAGAAAAAUGUAUCUUGUAUGCUAGAUCUUGCUUACUCAAAUAAUUUUUUUCCAGAAGAAAAUUGUCUUCCCGAGAGAGAACCAUAUGAUCAGGAUGGGUAUUGGAAGAGUGUUUAUCUUUCAAUAGAAACCCCAGACAGAACCAAAAUUUUGGAAUGGGAACUUGACAGGACUGACGUGAAAGAUUUCCAGAUAGAAGAAAUGGAAAUUGGUGAGGAGUCAGAUGAAGAAUACAAUUCAGAAGAUGAACAGUUGGAGGAACUGCUGAAUUCUGAAUUUUCCAAAUCUAUUGAAUCGUUUGAGGAAGCGACAGCUACUGUGGAGCCAUUAACAGUGACUUUCGAGACGUAUAAUGAUUUGUGGUUCCCAAACGAUGAUAAAGAGAACGAUCACAAGAAACAAAAGAAUCUAGAUCAUUAUUCAUACUAA